AUGCACGUUUGUGGAGAGCGGCAGAAGGUGCGGCCCAGGGUGUGUGGUCCUUUGCAAGAGUGCUGCAACGCCAGUGUGGAGCAUGUGGCCCCGUUCAUUAAGGCAGCCGAUGCCACCGAGGACUGGGCCACUGCCAUCCGAGUCGCAGCUCUGGAUUGUGCAGAAGACAAGAACCAGGAAGUGUGCCGAGCCUACGACAUCCACUUCUACCCCACCUUCAGGUACUUUAAAGCUUUUACAAAGGAUUUUACAACUGGAGAAAGUUUCAAAGGACAUGACAGGGAGCUGCAGACAGUCAGACACACGAUGAUUGACUUCCUGCAGAACCACACAGAAGGCACCCGGCCUCCAGCCUGCCCACCUCUUGACCCAAUUCAGCCCAGUGAUGUCCCUUCCCUCUUGGACAGCCACGGUGGCCGGUAUGUGGCCAUCAUGUUUGAAAGCAAUGGCUCCUAUGUUGGACGAGAGGUGACCCUGGACUUGAUCCUAUAUGAAAACAUCAUGGUGAGCAGGGCACUGGAUGGGGACAAGGUGUUUCUGCAGUCACUGGGGGUUUCUUCAGUUCCUUCCUGUUACUUGAUUUACCCAAAUGGAUCUCAAGGAGUAAUUAAUGUAGCAAAGCCUCUUCGGUCGUUUUUCUCCUCUUAUUUGAAGUCAUUGCCAGGUGUGAAGAAAAGAUCUCUUUCCUUGCCUGAAAAACCAAGCACAGAAGGACACUCAGAGGUGGUAGUUUGGAGAGAAUUUGACAGGGCCAAGCUGUACAUGGCAGACCUGGAAUCCGGGCUGCACUAUCUGCUGAGAGUGGAGCUCGCCAGCCACAGGUCCCUGGCUGGAGCGGAGCUGAAGACCCUCAGAGACUUCGUGACCAUUGUGGCCAAGCUGUUCCCUGGCCGACCUCCUAUCAGGAAGCUGUUGGAGAUGCUGCAGGAGUGGCUGACCACCCUGCCUCUGGACAGGAUCCCCUACAAUGCCGUCCUUGACCUGGUCAACAACAAGAUGCGGAUAUCUGGAAUCUUUCUCACCCACCAUGUAAAGUGGGUGGGAUGCCAAGGCAGCAGACCUGAGCUGAGGGGUUACCCCUGCUCCCUCUGGAAGCUGUUCCACACUCUGACAGUUGAGGCCUCGACCCGCCCAGAAGCACUGCUGGGCACAGGCCUUGAGGAUGACCCGGGGGCUGUGCUGCAGACCGUAAGGAGGUACAUCCACACUUUCUUUGGGUGCAGAGAGUGUGGCGAACACUUUGAGGCAAUGGCCAAAGAGUCUCUGGACACAGUGAAGACACUCGACCAAGCCGUCCUCUGGCUGUGGAGGAAGCACAACGCCGUCAACAGCCGCCUGGCAGGCCAUCUGAGUGAGGACCCCAAGUUCCCAAAGGUGCCGUGGCCCACCCCAGAGCUCUGCCCAGCCUGCCACGAGGAGAUUAAGGGCCUGGACAGCUGGAACGAGGGCCACGUGCUCCUGUUCCUGAAGCGGCACUACGGCCGUGACAACCUUGUGGACACGUAUGCUGCAGACCUGGGCGAUGGCGGUGACGGGGCAACCACGGGCAGGGCCCGGGCAGAGGGGGGCCGACUCGGUCCCCCGGGGAAGCCUCAGGGAGCCCAGGAUGACCCAAGUCUCCAUCCACUCCAUGUCCUGGACCCCAGAACGGACCUGCUGGAGAGCUUGCACCACCGGCUGGACCUGAGACUCCAGAGUCCCCAGGGGCCUGGGGCCCGGGAGGAGGCUGAGGCCGAGGUGCCUCUCCUCGGGGUUGGCUUCUCCAGCCUGGACAUGAGCUUGUGCGUGGUGCUGUACGUGGCCUCUUCCCUGUUCCUGAUGCUCAUGUACUUCUUCUUCCGUGUGAGGUCCAAGCGAUGGAAAGUCCGUCUCUACCACCCGGCUGUAUAGAGCCCUCCUGUCCGUCUCUACCACCCGGCUGUAUAGAGCCCUCCUGUCCAGUUCUACCACCCGGCUGUGGAGAGGCCUCCUGUCCGGCUCUACCGUCCAGCUGUAUAGAGCUCUCCCGUCCGGCUCUACCACCCGGCGGUGGAGAGGCCUCCCACCGGCGCUACCACCCAGUUGUGGAGAGGUGCCCUGGGCAGCCUGGGCAGCGCUCCCACAGUGCUAACAUUUGUGAUCAGGGAUUUUGUAACCAUGCCAGACUUGGCCCUUCAGAGUGCAGGCAGCCCUGGUGGAAACACUUGUGCUUUCCCAACUCGUGUCAAAAGACAUCUGUGUGUUCACUGUCCUAAGUUGGAGCAGGCAGGUCUGCGCAGGGCCUUCCCUGCACUCCAUCCUGCCUGCCAGGCCCGUCCGAGGGACACAGCGAAUGGAAGCGCAGUGGCCUUCCCCCACACCCCACACCCCAGCCUGGAUGCGGCCUGGGGUCUGUGCAUGUAGGCGGAGGCUGUGCCUGCAGGCAGCAGAGCCCAAACGUUUCUACCACCUGGUGCCCUGCGGGGUGCUCACUCUGUGCACAGGCCCCCAGGCAGGAACGGGGCAGUGAGUGGUGUGGCUUUACUUUCUCUCAAGGAGUGACCCAGGGCUGUCAAGUAGUGGCUGGUUUGGAGGGGCAGGGUGGUGGCAGUGCCUUUUAAUUGUUUACUGUUGACAAGGGACUGAGGGAUAGCCCAGUCUGGCUACUCUGGAGGCAGUGUGGGCCAGCUGGAAGGUGAGUGACCAUAGCGUCAAGGGAGGAGUAAUGAGAACUGGUCCACUCGGGGGUGGGGGCGAGCGGGAGGCCUGUAGGAGCCUUUGUCUUGUAUCCUUCAUCUCACACAGAAGAAAGCACCAGCAGCGGCUAGGUAUACAGGGCCCAGUGGGAAGGAUGAGGACCUGGCAUGGCCCCAAACCCCAGGACUCCUUGAACUGAAGCUGUUGAGAAGGGUCCCACGCAAGCCAGGCUCUUUGCAGGCCUCAGGGAUGACUUUUAACCAUUCCACAAUUUAAACUCACUUUUUGUAAAAUUAAAACCACCCAUUGGCAUGCAGUUUCAGGAGCAUUCCUGCUGAGAUCCUUUGUGGCCAUUGGUUUGUCUCACAAGCGUCCUUUUAUUUAGAUGAAAUAGACCAAUGCCUUUGUGUGUGUG